CCUUAAAAGGUGUGGCUAGCAGAUUGUUAGCUGCCGAGUAAACCUGAACUGAAAAAGACUAAAUUCUUGUUUCGCGACUCAUCGAACAUGGGGGCCUGUAUGGCAUUAUGUUCACUUGCAAGCUGUGCUUCGUGUUUGUGUGGCUCUGCCCCGUGUCUUCUCUGUGGAUGCUGUCCAUCAUCCAACAACUCUACAGUUACACGGCUGAUCUUCUCCUUCUUCCUGUUGCUGGGCACGGUCGUGUCUAUAAUUAUGAUACUGCCUGGCAUGGAGACUCAGCUUCGUAAGAUUCCUGGCUUCUGUCAAGGUGGCACCACUAUCGUAGGGAUAGAGAACCAGUUUAACUGUGAUGUGAUUGUGGGCUACAAAUCUGUUUACCGUAUGUGCUUUGCCAUGGCCUGUUUCUUCUUCCUUUUUGCUGCCAUCAUGAUCCGAGUACGGAGCAGCAAGGAUCCUCGGGCUGCUAUUCAGAAUGGCUUCUGGUUCUUCAAGUUUCUAAUCUUGGUGGGGAUCACUGUUGGAGCCUUUUUUAUCCCUGAUGGAACGUUUAAUGAUGUGUGGUUCUACUUUGGCAUUGUGGGUUCCUUCAUGUUUAUCCUGAUACAGCUGAUCCUCCUGAUCGACUUUGCUCACUCGUGGAAUGAGGUGUGGGUUAGAAAUGCAGAGGAGGGCAACAGCAAAUGCUGGUUUUUUGGUCUCCUAUUUUUUACCAUCCUGCAUUAUGCCCUGGCAUUUGCUGCUGUGGUGCUUUUCUAUCUCUAUUACACUAAACCUGACGGCUGCACAGAGCACAAGGUCUUCAUCAGCCUAAACCUCAUCUUCUGUGUCAUCAUCUCUGUGGUGUCCAUUUUGCCCAAAGUGCAGGAUGCCUCUCCACAAUCUGGUCUGCUCCAGUCAUCCCUCAUCAGUUUGUACACCAUGUACGUCACCUGGUCUGCAAUGACCAACAACCCUAAUCGGGAGUGUAAUCCCAGCCUCUUGAGUCUGGUGUCCAAUGUGAGCGUCAGCACUACACAACCUACACCAACCAGCGCUCCCGGCAUUGUGCAGUGGUGGGACGCCCAGGGCAUAGUGGGGCUCGUCAUUUUCCUCUUUUGUACUUUUUAUGCCAGUAUCCGCUCAUCCAGUAAUGCUCAGGUUAACAGGCUGAUGCAAACAGAGGAGGGUCGUGGUUCAGACGUGGACGGACCAGUGGGAGAUGACGGCCUGCGGCGAGUGGUGGAUAAUGAGGAGGACGGAGUCACCUAUAGUUAUUCGUUCUUUCAUUUUCACCUCUUCCUGGCCUCACUAUACAUUAUGAUGACUCUUACCAACUGGUACAAGCCUGACAUAAACACCAAGGCCAUGCAGAGCAGCAUGCCUGCGGUGUGGGUGAAGAUCUCCUCCAGCUGGUUGGGACUGGCUCUCUACCUUUGGACCCUUUUGGGCCCACUCAUCUUUCCCAACCGAGAUUUCAGCUGAGCCACCUUUAUCCUUAUUUAAAGAUGUGUGUGUGAAGGGGGAGUGUGCUAAUUCUCUCCUUGUUUUGGAGUUGUAGCUGUCAACAGGUAGUGUAUUAUAGGAUAAAUGGUGGAUGUAUGUUAUAUAUUUUUUGUGCAUUUUAACAAAUUUACCCUGUUAUUUUCAGAUUGUUGUGCAUUUCAUGAAGUCUCUUUACUGGUGUAGUUGUAUCUUUUCUUUAUACUUGCUGCUUGUAUUUUUAAAGGGACAACUCAGACACCGUCCUAAGACAAAAGAUGACAGUGCGGUACUAUUCAAUAGUCCAUUUGACUUUAUCGAUCUAGCCACGAAUAUGAGUCUGCAUGGUAUUGCUGCUACAAACCUUCUCUACCUAAAGUGAACACACUCUUUACUGGAGGCUCAUUUCUUUGUCAGGGCUAAAUAUUUUACAGUAGUCAAGCAAUUUGUCCUCAAGCAAUUUCAGCAGGGAUGAGAGCAUGUGAUACUGAACUUGCCCAUGGCCAUGGGGCUGUCAGAAGGGGUUGUUUAUUUCCGGCCCUCACUCGAGCCCCAUGGAGGCAGUGUGUGGGAGAGAUAAGCACUCCCUACACUAUUGCAACACAUGACACAUGCUGCAUCAUGCUUGCUUAGAACUGUAAUAUUAAAUACUGAUCUGUUUGGCAAACAUUGUGAUGAUAGUGGUGCUUUUUCACCUUGUGUUGCAGUAGAUCUUGAACAGAUAAUCAGACCUGCAAACACAAACCGUGCUGUAUAGUUUCAUGCAAUAACCUGGGUGUCAUUUCAGGGCAGGCUAGGCCAUGUUUUUAUAGUGGACUGUAGUUGUGUAAUUUUUUAACAUUUCAGAUGGUUAACUAUGUAAAACCAUGCAUGCACUAAUAUAUUUCACUACGUUUUAUUGUCGGCAACUAUAAACAAGAUGGUCUGAUAUUUGAAUCCCAGAAGCUUGGUACUACAACACUUCACUUUAUGCAUGAAGAGUCAUGUUUUUCAUGUUCAUUUCUCCCUUCUUACAUUUGAUAUUGUGAAUUGGGUAUGUGGAUAUAUUGUAUUGUAUUUUAUUUUAAUUGUAAGUGAAACAUUUCCUGUUCAAUAUUUCAUUUUAUUUAUAUAUAAUCAUUACUUAAGGAAAGACGUUCCAGUUUAACACAAUUUGCACUGUAUGUACACUUAAAUUGUCGGUUAAAAGUGAUGGUACUUUUGAGUUUGAAAUACUGUAGAUUUUAAAUCCUAUUGUCCAGUGAGUAAUGGAUUCUAGUGAUAAAUCCUAUGAUCAGUGUCCUAUGAACUUGAUUUUAAUUUCAAAAUGUUCUGUUUUUUUUUUUUUUUUUAUGCAAGUAUUGUAAAUACUGGGAUGUAUUACUUUCGUUUAGAACUGUCCUAAUGGUCAAUUGGAAAGAUUGUAGAAUUAAUACAUACUGUAAGCACGCAAAUGCCUCUGGUGUAUGUGUAUAUAUAUAUAUAUAUAUAUAUGACCCAGAGUAUCCAAUUAACACAAGUAUUCUGGUGGAUGCAUGGCUAUUGAUUUAGAAGCAACCUGCAAGGUUUUCAGUGGUGACAAAACACUAAAAGUGCCUUAAUUGAUAACCCGGCUUAUCAACAAUGUCCAGGCCUGGACCCAGACCUAGAGACACAAGUGCCUUGCUUGAUUUAUACCAUACAAAAGGCAGUUUUGGCAUUGCACAUUGUUCAGACAUAGUGAUUGAUCUGCAUGUGGCAAUUCUGAAUACUACAAUAAAAACCGUUCUACAGCUAACAAACGCCUUUCUGUCUGUGUUGUCUCUGAUACGUAGCAGGUAUGUUAUGUAACGACUAUUUGGGGAGGUUAGAUUUAUUGUGU